AUGGUUAUGCACGAAGUCACAUCUUUGUCGUCUUUUGGAUUGUGUAAAAAGUCUGAUUCACGAUCGCUUGCUGAUGGUACGGAUUCAUUUAUUAGUGAAGGUGACACAACAACACCCGGUGAAAUUAUUGAGGACAUAUCAUUUCAGACAGUACGAGAUGUUCUUCAUGCAAGUGAAUCAAAUCGAACAAUAGUUGAACAGAAAAAACUUUUAAUUGAAGAUUUUAGAACAAGACCAUUUGAAGAAUUAAAGUCAAAAGUCAGCGAAAAGCAACGUCUUGCUGAUGAGCGUCUUACUGAUCAUUUGAUGAGUGUAUUAUGUUUAUCUAAAGAUAGUAAUGAAUCGACACCAAAAAUUGAAAAACAACCAUUGCAAUUUAGAACGUCAGAAUUUCAAUAUCCUGAAUUAUUUACUUAUUAA